UAUCCGUAUGUGUUUGAAAACUUGAAGCAGAGCAACUAUAAACGUACGGUACAUGUUGUGUUCGUAGACUUUUUUCCGAGGAACUGAGAUGGUGAGGCCGAAUGCAGAGAGAGGAGAGAGGAGGCCGAACGGCGGGGCCGGGAACCGUGACGGCCGUUACAAGGGGGUGAGAAUGAGGAAAUGGGGGAAGUGGGUGGCGGAGGUGCGGCAGCCGAACAGCCGCGACAGGAUCUGGCUGGGGUCGUACCGGACGGCGGAGGAGGCAGCCAGGGCCUACGACGCCGCCGCCUUCUGCCUCCGCGGGCCGUCGGCGACGCUCAAUUUCCCGGAUUGUCCGCCGGACGUUCCGGACGCUGCCGAACUGUCGCGGUCGCAGAUCCAGGUGGCGGCGUCGAGGCACGCGCGAGGGGCGGAGGAGGAGGAAGGGGAGUCGGGUGGUGGUGGUGCGGUGGGGUCAGCGGAGGCGAGUUUACCGCCGGCGCCGGCGGCGGUGUUUUACGUCGGAGAGUUUAGUGGUGGUUAUUUUGAUGGUGGCGAGUUGAUGACGACAAGAGAUGAAGAAGGGUUUGUGGGAAGGACAGGUGAGAGGAGUGGGGGGGCAGAUGGGUCAUUGUAUGAGAGUGUAUGGACGUUUUGAUUUUGUUUACAUGCAAAGACAAUUUUUUGUUUUUUGCUUAGAUUUGGGCCAAGAGGGGAAAAAAAAAAAAGGUUUCAAAAUGAAUGAAAUAUUCAAUUGCAACAGUUCUGCAAUUCGGAUUGUCCACCUAAUUAACCAGUACUCCAAUCAGGAUCCCUAAUACAUUGGACACAUUCAUUCCAUGAGUAAAGAUGAAAAACCCUAGAUUGCCUACGUAUUGUUCUGGAUAUUCUGAUUUUUAAUAAUAUUCGUACCAUUUUGAAAAAAAAAAAGCUCGAAAACCCCCCAAUCAAUGUACAGGUCAAUAUUCACACAAAUGAAAGCAAUCAAAUAACCAACGCAAC